CAGCGUGUUAUCCUGCCAUCCAUCUGAGACUGUGAGAUGAAGCAGGAGCAUCUUCAUGUGGCCACUCCAGUGAGGCAGAGCCUUGCCCUGACGAAAGUAGCCGGGACGUCUGUUUACCUCAAGUUGGAUUCCUCCCAGCCUACAGGAUCCUUUAAGAUCAGGGGCAUCGGACACCUCUGCAAAACUUGGGCUGAACGAGGAUGUGAGCGGUUCGUCUGCUGCUCAGGAGGAAAUGCCGGUAUGGCAGCAGCUUACUCUGCCCGUCAGCUCGGGGUACCCGCCACCAUAGUAGUUCCAAGUGUUACACCAAACCCAACAGUGGAGAGGCUGAAGGACGAAGGCGCCACCGUGGUUAUCCACGGCAAGGCUCUAAAUGAAAGCAUUGAAUAUGGACAGCAGCUUGUGGCAAAUAACCCCCGCUGGAUAUUCAUCUCUCCCUUUGAUGAUCCCCUCAUCUGGGAAGGCCACACAUCUCUGGUGAAGGAGCUGGAGCAAGACCUAAAGGAGAAGCCUGGAGCGAUGGUGCUGUCGGUGGGAGGCGGAGGCCGGCUGAACGGAGUGGUGGAGGGACUGCGUCGUGCCGACUGGGCUGACGUGCCCAUUGUAGCCAUGGAAACCAUGGGAGCACACAGUCUCAAUGCAGCCAUUAAGGCUGGGGAACUGGUCACUUUACCUGAAAUUACCAGUGUUGCAACCACACUCGGCCUGACGAGGGUGUCCGCACAGACUUUCAAACUGGUGCAUGAGCACAAGGUUUUCUCAGAAGUGGUCACAGACCAGGAGGCUGUGAAAGCUGUGGAUCGCUUCGUAGGCGAGUGUGACCUGCACCUCAACAUAACUAAAGUGGCACCAAUCAGCUGAGAGACUGAACUCUCUCCCGGUAUCUCAACUUUCUGCAGAUGAGAAGAUCCUGGUGGAGGCUGCCUGCGGCGCCGCCCUGGCAGCUGUGUACAGUGACAUCAUCAAAAGGCUGCAGGAUGAGGGCAAGCUGGCCCAGCGCCUGGGCCCGGUGGUCAUCGUGGUGUGUGGAGGCAACAACAUCAGCAUGGAGCAGCUGAGGAGGCUGAAGAAACAGCUCGGUAUUAUCUCGCGUGGCUGACUACCUCAGGUCCUCCUGACCUUUCCUCCAUUCCUCCAUCAGCUGGUUUCAAUCCAUAAAGCCCCAUAUUUAUGUGCUCGACAGACCAAAUCAUUCCAGACUGUGAGACUAUUCUGAGCACCGAGACUGACAGAUGUGAGCGCUGCGGCGCUGCUCCGUUAUGCUGCGUUCACACCAAAAGUGUUUGUGAAUAUUUGCAGCACUUUGGGUGUGAUCACAGCAUUAGAGGUAGUGUUUGACUGGAGAAACCUUUCAGAAAAAAAGAAAUGUACAUAGGUGGCAUUUGUAUUGAGUGUGUGUGUGUUGUGCAUUUGUACAUUGAAUUAUA